AUGGCAGAAGCAGAGGGGGAAAACAGAGAGGAAAUCGUCGUCGAGAAGAAGAGCAAAAGGAAUAGGAAGAAACAGAAGACGGAGAAUCCAUCCCAGAAGGAAGAAACCCAGGAGCGGAAGCAGAACGGCGAAGGGAAACCACAGCAGCAAAAUCAAGUCGCCGGCGGCGACCACCCUGCUCAAAACAACAACGGCGGCAGCAGCAGCAGCAAGAAGAGGAAACAGAGAGAAGCAUUUCCAUUCGGAAACUACCGAAACUACUACGGAUACCGUAUUGGUCAGGAGCUGGAUGAAGAUCCGAGGCUUAAGGUCUUAAAGAGGGAGUGGUUUGAAGGGAAAGAUUGUCUCGACAUUGGCUGCAAUAGUGGCAUAAUCACCAUCCAUAUUGCCAAAAAGUAUAACUGCCGGAGCAUCCUUGGAGUAGAUAUAGACACUGCCCGUAUUUCUGAUGCAUAUUGGCACUUGAGAAAAUUUUCGAGAGAGCAUUCUGGGAGCAGUAGUACAAAUGUAUCCAAGGAGGAAGUCAAAGAGAAAUUGAAAGCUUCCAAGCAAAUUGCACACGUAGUACCAGGAGAUGACGAGGAGAUCAAGAAAGAAGCAUCAUUUUCUGAGAAAAGAAAUCUGUUUGAUGUUGUUUCCUUUCGACAAGAAAAUUUUGUUGACAGUCGGCACUCCCAUGAGAAGCAGUAUGAUACUAUUCUAUGUUUGAGUGUUGCAAAGUGGAUUCACCUGAACUGGGGAGAUGAUGGGUUGAUUACCCUAUUUUCUAAAGUGUGGAAACUUCUUGUCCCGGGUGGCACUUUUAUCUUGGAGCCGCAGCCUUGGGAUUCGUAUAAGAAGAACUAUCAAGUCUCCAAGACAGCAGCUGAAAAUUACAGAAACAUAAUGUUUCCCCCAGAGAGUUUCCGGGAAAUUUUGCUAGAUAAGAUCGGUUUCAGAUCCGUCGAGGACCUCACUGCAGGGUUGACAGGCAGUAAAACGGGAUUCAAUCGGCCGAUUUUCGCAUUCCACAAGUGA